CAUGCGCAGUGGCAGUUUGAGCCAUAUUGGAAUGAGGUCGUGAACGGCUAGGCGGAAAAAGACAUUGCAUCUAAAACCGACUUGAAAAACUCCGUAGUGCUGCAAACCAGUCUAUAGGGGGAGCCAACAUGAACCAUGCACCACUGGAGUCUGAUGGGGACUCUGGUCAGGAGGCGUCUGACUUCAGCUGGGAUGAUCACCUGGAGGAGAACGGAGCCCUGUCUGUCCCCCACCACGCUUUCAAACAUGUGGACCAGGGACUGCAGACGGGGCUGGCUCCGGGCAUGAAGCUGGAGGUGUGCGUGCGUGGCACCUGCGGAGCUGGGCCAGGGGAGGGCGAUGGCCAGGCUGCCUACUGGGUGGCCUCCAUCAUCACCACCUGUGGCCAGCUGCUGCUGCUGCGCUACGAGGGCUACCAGGACGACCGCCGAGCAGACUUCUGGUGCGACGUCAUGACGGCAGACCUGCAUCCUCUGGGCUGGAGCCGGCAGCAGGGACACCCCAUGAGACCCCCAGACGGUGUGCGGGAGAAGCACCCUGAGUGGGAAGCCCUGCUGGAGAAAGCCCUAUCAGACACCUGCAGUGCCCCAGCCCACCUGCUGGAGGGGGCCCAGCAUGUGCUGAACCCCCUGGACCUCCUGGCUCCCGGCACUCACCUGGAGCUGCAGGACAGCAGGGACCCCGGGGUAGCCUGGGCCGUCACCAUCCAGGACAACGUGGGGGGCCGGCUACACCUGCGCUACCUUGGCUCCGAGGAGCUCGCAGACAAUACAGACGCCACCCUCUGGCUCUUCUACCUGAGCCCCCUGCUACACCUGCCCGGCUGGGCACAGGAGAAGGGAUGCACUCUCAGGCCCCCACCUGUGCUACUCCCUCUGCGGACUGAGGAGGAAUGGGACAAGGUCAGGCAAACAAUCAUCUCUCUGCCCCAGGACUCCACCAUCACUGAGGAGUUCCAGAAGGAUCGACCAGUGAUUAGCUCCCACAGCUUCACUGAGGGGAUGAAGUUGGAGGCUGUGGACCCAGCGGCCCCGUUCGCCAUCAGCCCUGCUACAGUCACCAAGGUGUUUGGAGAGCUGCAUUUCCUGGUGGAGAUGGACGACCUGCGUGAGGAUGCCAAGCGGAGGGUGUUCCUGUGCCACCGCGACAGCCCUGGCAUCUUCCCCACGCAGUGGAGCCUGAAGAACGGACUCGCCCUCAGCCCUCCUCCUGGUUUCCAGGGUCAAGACUUUGACUGGGCCGAUUACCUGAAGCAGCAUGAGGCAGAGGCUGCACCCCAGCAGUGCUUCCCACCUGAGCCGUCUGAUCAGUGCUUUAAAGAGUCCAUGAUGCUGGAGGCGGUCAACCCCCUCUGUCCUGAGAACAUCCAUGUGGCCACUGUCAACAGGGUCAAAGGUCAACACAUCUGGCUCCGGCUGGAAGGUGCAGGGCUUAAGGAGCCAGUCCCAGAGGUGAUCGCCCAUGUGGACUCCAUGGACCUGUUCCCAGUCAGCUGGUGUGAAACCAACGGGUACCCACUGCAGUUUCCAUACAAGCCUCGGGUGGAGAAGCAGAGGAAAAUUGCAAUGGUGCAGCCGGAGAAACACGCCCCACCCAAAGACUCCCCUCUCCACACCGUCAAGCAGGAGCUAAGCAUCCUGGCAGACAAUGGUGGGCCUACCAAUGGGAAGUACACCUGUCCAAAGAUCUACUUCAACCACCGCUGCUUCUCAGGCCCCUACUUGAACAAGGGCCGCAUCGCAGAGCUGCCCCAGUGCGUCGGCCCUGGCAACUGUGUCCUGGUGCUCAAGGAGGUGCUGACUCUCCUAAUCAACUCCGGCUACAAGCCGAGCCGCGUCCUGAGGGAGCUUCAGCUGGACCAGGAGGGACGCUAUAGUGGCCACGGGGAGACUCUGAAGGCCAAGUACAAGGGCAAGACGUACAGAGCCACGGUGGAGAUUGUGCGCACGGCUGACCAGGUGGCAGAGUUCUGUAGGAAGACCUGCAUCAAGCUGGAGUGUUGCCCCAAUCUGUUCGGCCCACGGAUGGUUCUGGAACGCUGUUCUGAGAACUGCUCCGUGCUCACCAAGACCAAAUACACAUACUACUAUGGUAAGAAGAAGAGCAGGCGAGUGGGCAGGCCCCCAGGCGGACACUCCAACCUGGAGGGAGGCGGCAAGAAGCUGGGCAGGAGGAGGAAGAGGAGGAAACAGCUGUUCGUACACAAGAAGAGGAGAACCGCAUCUGUGGAUAACACACCGGCUGGCUCACCACAGGGUAGUGGUGAUGAGGAGGAUUUGGACGAAGACGAUUCCUUGAGUGACGACUCCGGGUCAGAGAACCAGGAUGACCUGCAGGACGACUCUGAGUAUUCCGAGAAGAAGUCCCAGCCCCCGACGCCCACCCCGUCCCCUCCCGAGACGCCUCGUCCCACUCGCAGGCGACGCAAGGCCCGCUCGCCCUCCUACUCUGACGACGAGAACCGCCCUCCCUCGCCAAAGAGUCCCCGCAUGGAGGCUCCCCAGAAGCUGUGCCUGGACAGCAGCCCUCUGGAGUGGAGCGUUACCGACGUGGCCCGCUUCAUCAAGACCACAGACUGUGCACCCUUAGCACGCAUCUUCCUUGACCAGGAAAUCGACGGACAGGCCUUGCUUUUGCUCAACCUGCCCACUGUUCAGGAGUGCAUGGACCUCAAGUUGGGCCCAGCUAUCAAACUGUGUCACCACAUCGAGCGAGUGAAGCUGGCGUUCUACCAGCAGUUUGCCAGCUGAGAGCUUUACCCCAGCCCCAAUGUGUAUGCCCCACCCCCACCCCAAAAACAAAACUGCACACAAAGCUGCACAAAAAAAGAUUGGCUUAUUUGCAUGGGGUUCAAAUGGAUUAUUUGCUUUGUGCACCCCCGGCCCCUACCCAUACCCACAACCCACACGAUCACUUUUUUUUCUCGCUAUUAGUUGGAAGUAUUUGUCUGCCUGCUGUUUUUUUCCCCCCUGAUGUUUUGCAAUUGAGGAGCGAAGGCAGACGGACGCCUCGAGAUGGAGAAUCAGGUCCACAGUGUCUCUGAAGAUCAAAGGCACUUUUUUCGUUGUGAACUUAACCAACUGUAGAGCGAAUGACAAUGCAAGAAGAAUCCAAGCACAAUGACCAAUAAUAAAUAGUACUGUAUGCAGUAUGCAAGGUGUAAAUAGCGAAAAGGUGAGGGUGUUUAUGUGUAUAAAUUGUAAAUAUCAGAUGUUCCUUCUGAGGAAUGGUGUGUUCAGAUCCAUUUUGGUUUUCUACUAAAGUCAGCGUGUUAUGUACAAACAGAACUCAUUGAUGUUUUUGUUCCUCAUUUGCCUCGACAGCUUUAUAUUCUAAGUUUUGUUUGAUGUCAUUUAUUAUUGAUGCUGAUGACUAAGUUUGUUUUAUUGGCAAAAGGUUGACAAUGACAAUGCAAAUAAUGUCAUUCAGGUGGCACAAAUCCCCAUGUAUGUCUCAAGUUAUUGUCUCAGAUGUAGUUUAUAAAAAUAAUCUCUCAUGUGUGUUUCUGUUCAAAGUGUUAAGUUUGAAACCAUAUAGGCGUCUUGUCUUUUGUAGAUAAUGUUUGUACUCAACCUCUGCUGCAGUCCCCUCUUCGUUUUGCGUCAACUAUGAAAUGAUUGAUUUUGAUUCUAUGUGUUGGUGGAAUACAAAUGUUAUUUAAAAGAAAUGUUAAAUAAAAAUCUAAUGUCAUACGUUGA